AUGCCCAACGGUCACUCGCCUGAGAUGUCACAGAAAAAUGAAUCUUCGGAUGACUGUUCAGUAAACCGAGUUUGUGCUGGCGAGAUUGGCCCUCCCUCGGUAAUGCCGACGGGACAAGAGGAUGCUCCCGUCGAAAAGCCAUCCCGGCGGUGGCUUAUGCGAGUCCUGCUUGGCAUUGGGGAGUUGGCAAUGGACCAAUGGUUUCUGAUCGUCAUGGGCAUCCUGAUUGCGUUUUCUUCGCAGGUCCAGGUGCCGCGAGCUCAUCAGGAACUGAAACAGACGAUGAUCAACUACAUGUCCGUGGCCAUCAUCUUUUUGAUCAACGGCUGCACGCUGCCCACCACGGUUCUGGUCGAGAACCUUGGCAGGUGGAAGAUCCAUAUCUUCGUGCAGGUGCAAUGUUACCUUUUGACCUCAGCGACCAGCUACGGGGUCGUUAGUGCCGCGGCGGCCAAUCCCAGAUUCAUGGACCCUGCUCUGCUGGUGGGCAUUGUCAUCAUGGGCUGUCUUCCUACCGCCAUUGCAUUCAAUACGAUCAUGACUAGAAAGGCCAAUGGAAAUGCUGCCCUGACUGUGGCGCAAUCCACCAUAGGGAAUCUUCUGGGUCCCUUCGUGACCACUGCGCUGAUCAAGCUGUACACCAGUACAGAUGUGUGGUAUGUGGGCAUUUUACCAGAGUCGCAGGGAUUUGGUGAGACUUAUCGGUAUGUCUUCAAGCAACUGGGACUCUCGGUGUUUGUUCCAUUGGCAGUGGGCCAACUAGUAGUCAAACUGUUCCCUAACCUGGUGAGAAAAGUUCUCGUGGAAUGGAAAGUGAGCAAAAUCAGCUCUUGCGCCUUGCUGGUGCUUAUCUGGAGCACCUAUGAUGGGGCAUUUGCUUCUAAUGCCUUCGGUAACAUCCCCUCGAACAACAUGAUCUUCACCGUGUUCAUUCUCGUCGCCCUUUUCUUUGUCUGGAUCACUAUCGCCUUUGUGGUAUCCCAAAUCUGGCUUUCUCGCGAGGAUACAAUUGCGGUAGCAUACUUGGUCUCCACAAAGACCCCUGCGAUGGGUGUGCCAUUGACUACGAUUAUGUUCGCGGGCCUGACUGCUGCAGAGCAAUCUCGGACGCGACUUCCCAUGGUGAUCUUCCAGGCUAUCCAGAUAUCUGGCAGUAGCGUGUUGACGAUAUUGCUACGCAAAUGGCAAGCGCGGGGGAAGGUUGACCGGACAGAGGAGGACGAUUGA